GUUACUCGAUGGUUUUCCGCGACGAUGCUUCUUUGGUCCUCCAGUCGAUCGAUCGUCCAAAUCGUACGCGUUUAAUUUAGUAUUCUUAAUCGCGUCGCGAAUGAUGAAUACUCGCGAAACUCGAUUUAAUCGAGAUUUAAGAUGUCAAUCGUCGUACAACGUGACCCACGAUGGCGAAAGCUCCAAGUUGUUAAUUAUUUCGAAAUAUGGCGAUUCGGAAAUACGUUCCAACGUAUUUUAAAUUUAUCGACGAUGGUAUAACGUAAAAUAAUUUAUUGUGAUUUUAAUCACGAAGUCUUCCAAUUUUUUUCCAUUAUUUUUUUUUUAAUCAUGUCGUUAUUAUCGUAGUCUUCCUUAAUAAUUGUGAUAAAUCAAUUCGUUGUCUUCCAUACGUUGUAUAUUUGAUGUGAAAUAUUGAUCUAAAAUGCGUCACGCUCAAGAUACGUCUAAAUAUUCGGAUAAUUUAGGCUUUCGUCGAAUCUUACACAGAGCCAUGUCUUCCAUGAAUGUCUUCGAAGGUACCGGUGAUCAAAAAAAUCCUCCUAGGGUUACGAAGAUAAAUCGUAGUAAUAAUAACCGCAUCGUAGCGAUCUCGAAAUGUGAAAAAGUAACCAAGAAAAAGAGAAAAAGACGACGAAAACGUCGUUUACCGCAAAUACAUCCGUAUAAUUACUGCAACCAAACCGUUAUCUGUUGUAAUUGCCAACAAUAUAUGACAAAUUCACAUAUCAUACUUCCUACUGGUAUCGAUACUCUUCCUUUGACUAAUUUUAAAAUGUGUUUGGUCGGUGGUUCGAACGAUACGAACCGCAAACAACCCACCGUCAAGUCUUUAGUUCGAGUGAAAGAGACUCACGAAAUAGCCCAAGCUCAAGAACGUAAAAAUGAACAACUGAGGCAAGCUUUCGGUAUAUCCGAGUAUUUCGUCGAAGGCAGUAGCUUUGAUCCGGAGAGACGUACUAGAGAAGCUGCUGCUAAGGCAGCUUUAGAGGCGACUAAAAAAUACGUCCUGAUACCAUCUCCUCCGCCGUCUGAUGAGAACGAAGAAGCUGAAAAAGUCGAAAAAGAAGACGAAACGUCGACUAAAUCCAAAAAACACAGCAGAAAAUCAUCAACCGCUUCGGACGAGGUGAAGAAGAAAAAGAAAAAGAAGCAUAAAAAAAGAUCACGAAGCACGUCGUCGGUAACGAAAGAAGAAAAACAUCGUAAAAAAUCCUCAUCGUCGUCGUCGAAACACGAUAAGAAAAAGAAUAAACAAGACGGUUCGCCGACCCGUUCGAAAUCCAAGAAGAGUAAAAAAGAUCGAGGCGACCUGUCACCCAGCGAAGAUGUGCGCCAUAAAUCGAAGAAAAAGAAGAAAGACGAAUCGAAAGGUGAUAAAGAUUCGAAACAUCGUAGUAAAGACGACUCCGAGAAAAAGCAUAAACGAAAAGAAGCAUCGCCCGACGAGUACGAUCGUAGCUCUUCGCAUCGUCGAAACAAACGCGACGCUUCGCCAGCAGACGCCGAGAGUAGAUCACGUAAACGACACCGUUCGCCGUCACCGAGUACAGAGAAUCGACGUUACGAUAAAAACGCGUCGCCGCAAAGAGACGACAGUCGAUCGCGUAAACGACACCGUUCGCCGAGUGUAGAAAAACGACGAUAUGAAAAAGACGCGUCGCCUGAAGACAGCCGAUCUCGUAAACGACACGCUUCGCCUAGUGUCGAAAAUCGACGUUACGAUAAAGAUAUUACCCCCGAAGAUACUCGAUCUCGUAAACGAAACGCUUCGCCCGGUGUCGAUAAUCGACGUUACGAUAAAGAUACUUCGCCGGAAGACAGUCGAUCUCGUAAACGACGCGGAUCUCCGCCCAUCGAAAGUCGUCGCCACGAGAAAGACGUUUCACCGGAUAAAAAUCGUCGCAGCAAACGACAGCGUUCUCCUAGCGCCGAAACUCGUCGUUACGAUAAAGAAAACGGCGACGCUAGAAAGAAAUCUCCGGCGAGACGACAGAAAAACCGUCGCAGCUUAUCGAAAGAACCUUCUCCGGAACUUGUUCGUCGAUCUUCACCAACGAAGAGACGUCGUUCGCCGUCUAUGGACUCGUAUACCGAACGAAAACGUCGUCGGUCGUCUUCGUCAUCCGAUUUGCAACAACAACGAAACAAAGAUAAAUUCGGUAGAUCUUAUAAAUACGCCGAUCAAACGAAGAAAUCACGUAAUCGCGACUCUUCCAGCGAUACUAAUCGAAGAUCGUAUUCGCCCAAGGCUGUCAAAGAUACGGUUAAAGUGAAAUCGGUCGUAGCAUCCGCCAGCUCGUCGAAGAAGAAACCCGAAACGAAAGAGAAACCCAGACGAAAUUCCGUCAGCAGCGACGACGAAGCUGGCGUCGAUAGAUCGUCUAAAUACUCGUCGUCGAAGGAUUCGCGUAGCAGUAAAAAAGAUAAUCUAGACGAUCGAGUUACAGAUAGCGAUAAAAAAUCCAAGAAAUAUUCCUCCGAAAUUAGUCAACGUAGUAAUUAUAAUAAACCGAUCGAGAAACCAGUCAGAUUAGAAAAUAAUCUCAGCACGAGGUAUUCGGCCGAAAGCUCCAGCGAAGAUGAUACCUACAUGAACAGCAAAAUCGAAGACUCGAAAUUUAAAUCGUUGAAUAAAUAUAAUAAACUCAAAGCGCUCGGUUCGUUGUCCGGUGAUCGAAGAAAACAAACUGCAAUUGAAGAACAGAAUAAACGAGAUGAAAGUACUCAGAACAAUUCAAAAUCGUCGAAUCGUAGAAGCGACAACGGUGUUACGAGUAACGAUAAAGUCAGUCGAGAAGAUUCCACUUCGUCGUCGUUGAGUUACUCGCCUAUGGAAAAACACCCCGAAAGAUACUCGGAUAUUCUAGCAGAUAAAAAAGUAUCGACGAAGAGUUACGAUAAACAGUCAUCCUACAGCGCUACACCGUACCCAUCGACUACCCAAACAUCAACCGAAUCGGCGAGUAAAUUGAAAAAAGAAACGGAAUUUUUGAAUAAAUUAAAAUCCGCCGUCAACGACAGAUCCAAAGACGCGGGUAAAUCGUCGUCGCCCAAAGUGUCCACUCAGAUUUCCAGGGUCGUCGACAAAAGCGAUAAAUCGUCUCGUAGCUCCGUUACCGAUAUGUUACCUAUUUCGUUAAACGACGUUCCAUUACCACCCGAUAAAGCUCCGACUCCUGUUCCGGUUCCGGUCCCGAUUCCUGCUCCGGCUUCUACGUCUACUCAGGCUAAAGUCGUACCAACUUCUGCUCUCACUGUCGCCAAUAUGGCUCCUAUCGCCGGCGACCAAAUAGUAAUUAAAGAAGAGGAUAUUAAGCAAGAAAACGUUAAAAGUUCAACUAGUACGAAUACGAGCAGUAUCCAGAUGCCGGAUAUUAAACCGCGCGUCGUCAACGGAAACGAAAAAACUAAAUCUCGUACCAGUGAUAUUGUCAUCAAUGAAAAAACCCUAGCUCAACUCACGAGUUUCAUGGCAGCCAAUAUUAAAUUAGCGAAAGGAUGGCGUAAAAAGCGCUCCAGCUCGAGUUCGUCCGAUAGCGAUAGUUCGUCUUCUUCAGAUUCUAGUCGAAGUUCCAGAUCAAGCAGCUCAUCAUCUUCUAGCAGCGAUUCAGACGACGAUAAAUCACGAAGUCGCAGCUCUCGUCGUGGCCGUCGGUCUCGUUCCGGUUCCGACGAAUCGUACAAAUCACGAUCGUAUAGUUCAUCCGAUUCGAGUCGAUCACGUUCCAGAUCCGCUAGCCGUACGCGUAAACGACAUAAGAAAUCUCGCAGCGCAUCAGACAGCGACAGCGAUUCCGAUAGCUACACCAGUCGAACGAGUCGUACCAGCAGAUCGCGAUCUUUUUCCAUACCUAGACGUAAAGGAUCUCCUAGUUUCCUAGAAAGAAGACGCAUCACUAGCGCUAGAAAACGACCGGUACCUUACGAUAGAUCUUGGAUGUCUGAUUCAGCUGGAAGUGUAUCUUCUUUCGGAUCAUCGUCGCCAUCGAUCUCACCGGUAUCGCGAAACUCGCGUAAAAGCUGGACAGCUACGAAGAGACGUUCGUCUUCUAUUAGUUCGCCUUCUUCCAUUCUACGAUCGUCUGUACCUUCACCUUCCGUUCAAGAAGAGUAUUAAAAAUUAGAGCAAUUUUCCCCCAAUUUUUCACGUUGAAAUGCACCCAAUUCAUUUGUUUUCUAGUCACUUGUUUUAGUAAUAGUUGAUUGAAAAUUAUUUCUUACGAUGAUAUUUUUGAUCUGAUUUGUUGAUUUCGUUUUUCGAACCCAUUAUGAAAAAUUCGAUCGAGUUAUCGAGUUUUAAAUUACGAAGACGAAUCGACUCGAUGCAAUGUUGAUUGUUGACGCGAUCAAUGUAAAUAUUUUACAUGUAAUUAGCGUGCUAUUUUUAUUUUUUGUUGUUGAUUUUAUUUGUACCUAAUUUUUUCAUGUUUGUAGUAGAUAGCGAAUGUUUCGAAUAAUUGGUCUAGUCGUUUAAUGAAUACUCCGCUUUGAGGAUUUAUUUUUUCGUAAAACUGAAGCUUUUUUUGCUCGGAUUCGUAUCGCGAUGUUGAUCAUUUCUAAUUUCUCAAUAUGCAUUUUUAUUUUAUUAUUAUUUUUUUCGGUUUCACGAUCGUGCUAUUUGUACAAUAGUGCAUUUCAAAAAUUCAAAAUAUGUUUCGAAUACAUUCCAUUUUUAUUUUUGUUCAAUUACUAGAUGUUGAAAAAGUUCACCUUGAGGUAGAUUAUUCAAUUUUUGUUAAACCGUUACGAAUAUCACUAGGAUUAUUUUUUUUUAUUUCGCGUUUGAUUUUUAUUACCUAUUUAUUUUAUUUUAGAAUCAUUUUCUAGUCACAAACAUUGUUCCAUUUUUUCCCCUGUUGAGUUAGCAAUGUGAUAGACGAGUGCAUUAUUAUUUUUUUUAAGUUUUGAUUUUUAUUUUAUGAUUUAUCAGGAAUCGGUUCUAGUCAUGGAUCUUUUAUAAUAGAGCAUUUUUAUUCACCUUUUUUUUCUCUUUUUUUUAUGUUAAUCGCAUAUUAAUUUUUAAGCAAUCAUAUAUUUUUUGUUCGUUUUUGAUGUAAUUUUUUUAAAUUGAUUGUAACCAUUGUGAACAACUUAUGUAUGUACGUAAUGAAAGUCCAUUCGAGCUUUUAGAAAAUUCCAGCUUACUUAAUUAAUUUGCUUCGAAGAAAGCUAAAAUUUGCAUCAUUUUAUUAUUUCUCGCCUGAAAAUUGCCGUUUUAUUUUUCGCUAAAAUUUGAAUUUUUUCUUGUUGUUUUUUAUUCAUUCGUAAAUGAAUUUCUUAUCACUAUUUAAUUUGUUACAAACUUACCAGAUUUUGAAUAGUUCGUAUGUGUUUGUGUUUUUAAAAAAAUUACCUACCUACGUAGUAAUGUAAGGAUAUUUAUGUAUUCCUUCUGAAGCAGUGGAUUUUCAAUUUUUCGUUCUCUGUUCAUGAUUUUUAAAAAUUAAAAAUUCGAUCAAAUUGUUA